AUGCAGAGCAGCGACCACCACUGGGAGCCGGGCGUGGCGUCGAGUGGGCACGGCGCCUCUCUACUGACCCGCUCGUUUCUGGCGCACAUUGUGGGCACUGAUGCAAGGAUAGGAUCAGCAGCAACCACAACCACAAUGACGGCGUCUACCCAAUGCCCAUCUUCCGUUCAGUCGCUAUUUACAGGCACAUCCUCUUCCACUUCUACUGACACGGCUACUACGGCUGUGGGUGGGGAGGAUGCUGGAACCCUCUUCCAAGAGAAGAUACGGCUGCUGAAGAAGUCGAUGCAGGAUCAGCGAGCACUGCGUGAACAGCAGCAGCAGCAGCAGUUGCAGCGCGAGCGGGACGCGCGUGAAGUGAAGGAUGCCGUGCACAAUCUGCAGACCGGGUGCGCAGUUUUACCAUCCAACGAUAGAGGUGAUAACGAUUGGCACAGAGCUCUCAACAGCGGCAGCAGCAACACCAUCAACAUCAACAGGGACAUAACAACAGAAUCAUCCUUUAUCCAGUCGAUCGUUCCCCCAAGGGCGUGGCGCAGGGUGGCGGAGUCUGGCGAAGCCGAAGAGGUGUGCCGCACACCAAUAAAGGGAGUGACCGUGCAAUCAACUGCAGAUGAUGCCAGCGAUGCAUCAGGCGCAACGGCGUCUCCUGUUGUGGUCGUCGUGGCCUCACCGCCACUCCCUGUGGUGCAUUGUGACGCCGCCACCAUGACGGUAGAUGCGUCCCCCACGGCGCGGCUGCGCAUGAACAGCGAUGAGAAUACUGCUUCUGUGUCCGUUGCGAAUACAAAUAAGUACGACAGGUGCACUGAUGCGCCUUGCCGUGAAGUGGACAGGAAGGGGCUGGGCGGAAAAAAACCCAUGAAUCAAGGAGAUGAACCCGUUACCGCUGCUGCCAACUUGAAGAGAAGGGUUAACCCACCCGAUUGCCAGUCAACACGAAACCGUCACUGCCUGACAUCGCCGCUUGCUGAUGCUGGUGUAGGGCUAGCAGCUACAGUGAAUGAGAGCUCCGUCAAUGCGUCGCGGGACGCCGCGGUUCAGGUGGGUACGGUGCGUAGGCCCAAGGCGCCACGGAGGCGGGAGGCAGAAAUACGAACGCUGCGUGCCCCAUCAGAGCGCUGUAGCAGCAGCAGCAGCAGCCGUUUGAGCAGCCUGCAUCAGGACACACGCGCAACGGGUUCCGAGGCGAUGCUUCUCCCUUCCGAUACAAAGACGAUGUGGGCACAAAGUGAAGACGACGACGAUGACGAGCCGGCACCCCGUAGGCCCACCAGAAGAACUGCCAGGCUGUCGGAGAAGGAGGUGGAGCAACUGGUGAUGCGACGUCACGGGCCGCACGCUGUGCUUGUUGGCAGUUGCUCCGCGAGCUCCGAAACGCAUGCUGAGGAAAAUACGACGGAGGUGUUGCGCCGGCGUGGCGUGUCGCGGAGCCACGUUGUACCGCUGGAAGAGGCGAAACACGAGUUAACGACGUUGCACCGCCGCUCACCGAGCCUCGCACACAAAUGGGUGAAGGAGGACAUCGAGGCGGUUACAAAAGCAACGUUGGCGCCCACCACCCGCCCUUCAAACGGCUCGACCCGAAAUAAUCAGCAGAAGUCGCAGCGGAGGGAAGCAGGCGACGAGAGCGCGUUGCUGCGUCAGCGUCGCUGCCUUCUUCGCCAAAUUAAGUUGAUAGAUGCAGAGAUUCACCGUAUGGGGCAGGUGCCGUGGUCCAAGACACUGCGCUCGGGCACCGGCACGUCGACUGCGCUGGAGCGCGAGAAAGCUAAACUUGUGGCUCUACGCAAACAGUAUGAGACUGAACUGGAGCAAGUGGUUACAUUUGGUGAGAGGCCCGUCACACCAUCGCUGCUGCCGCCCUCAUUACCGCUGCAACACCCACGAGCUACAUCUGUGCCUCGCCGUGGUCCUUCCGUCUACGAAGCCGUGUUGCAGCAGCAACCAAAACAACCGGUGAGUACCAAGAGGCCGAGCAUGGCAGGCAAGACUCUGCAGCAAUGUGGGGCGAACGGAGGCCGCACACUCUCUAAGCGCAGUGCGCCAUUGGGUAAAGGUGGCAACAAUAGCUUGCCGCCAAGGGUGCAACACCCCGAGAAAGCGACUUCACGCUCGCAGUUUUCCUUUUCCUCAGCGCCCUGCACCGGAUCAUGCUCACAUAAUGAACUCGGUGGCCCCCUGGGACCACACGCGAACAUCAAUCGUUCAGGGUCUAGAAGGUCCAUCUCUCUCGAUGCCGAGAGAAUGGCAUCGCUUUAUCUACGCAGUGCAUCAUCAUCGCGGCGCUGUGGCACACCAUUGGGGAAUGGAGAGAGCCUGACGAUGACCUGCGACAACUCAGCUGCUGAGAGCAGCGACGUUCCCCUCUACUGGAGGGUAGCGCAGAUGAAGCGGGACACGGAGGCGCACAGCGAAAACAGGGGUGACACGAGCAACUGUUGGCUGGACUGCGAGUCCGCGUCGCCGUCGCCCAACCGCGUGAGUCCGCCGCUGCCAUCGCGGGGACGCGUCAAGAGAUUUGAUGACAGCUGGUGUGAGGCGGAGCUUUGCUCGGAUGUUCUUGCUGAUCAGUACUACUGUGCGGAGUACGGCGAAGAGGAGUGUGUAGGGAAGGAUGAGUCGAAACUCGCGACACAGCAGCCCUCAUCAGCUGCCGAAGUAGCCCACCGAAACUCAGAUCGGCGCUCCCUGUCUGUCUCACUUCCACUGAGGCAGCAGUCGCAGCAGCUUCAGAAGGCACAGGUGCAGAUGCCUCGCGCCCGCUCCGGAUCGCGGACAGGAGUGAAGAUUGCUGGUGCGGUGUCCUCUGACAAGAAGGCGGGUAAAAAGCACUCUAACCUUUGUUACCGUCUUCGUGCCCCGACACCGCAAGAGGCCUCAAACCGAGGCGAAUCAAAGCAACUGUACUUUCGGGCCGACCCAACAACCUACAAGGCGAGAACAGAGACACCAAUGCAUAACGUCGUGCCACGACGUUUGGGGAGGGAGGCGCAGCUUAACGCGUACCUGCAGCAUGAGGAGGGCUGCCGCCGCAAUAUGGCCACCAGCUGCACGCCUGCUCGAUGGCAGGCUGCCUACGCACCUCCUUUAUCACAUUUACUAGUGAAGAAGAAGCGUCUACAACAAGAGGACAGUAGCAUGUUCGUUAACAACUCCGGAAGUUUCUUCAGCAGGACAUCUCGUUCGGCUUCUGCUCCGCCACCUUCCACGCAGUUUGGAGAGAAGCCACGGAGGGCGGCGGGGCGCCACCCCUCCCCAUUUUCUCCCGUACCACAUCAGCUAAAAGACACCGUGGAUUGGACUUCUCCACCUCGUUCUCUCAGAUCAUCUCAAAUGGUGGAGCGUACACCGCCACCUGCUCACCACUCAAGCUCAUGCCACAGAGAGAAACAUGGCGGUCUGUCACCGCCACCGACAGUAUACCGUGACCCAAAGGAGGAGAGUAAACUCCGAGUGAAGCAGCAGCAACAACGACGGCAGCUUGACUUUUCCCCGCAGCUAUCAGAAGUUCAUGUGUCACCUUUGACAGAGUACAGUGGUGGUGGCAGUUCGCCGAUGGGAGCCACGUCGUGCGGGGCCGUGGCGGGUCAGCCGCGCCCAACUGAGAGUACUGAAAGGGAGUCCGAAUCCAGACAAGUAGUGAUGCGCCGACGAACACUUUCAUCGUCGAUGGGGGUUUCGCCACCUUCACCGCUGCGUGAGAUAGCAGCCGCUCGCAGAUCGAGCACCAACGUGCUAUCGACGCCCUUAAGGACCACGCCGUCACCGCUCAAGAGCAAGCCGCAGCGUCACCUCGGCGAUGACCGGACAAACGAGUUGUACCCUUCUUCUUCACGUUCUGCUGCCGCACCGCAGACCACACGACGGGUUGGCGCGGGUGGGAUCACGCUGCGCCAGCUCUUUGGCCACGAACAGAAGCCCCUUCUUCGCUCCCCAGGGAAUGGACUAGAAAGGGGUGGAUGUAGUUCAACCGAUGUUCUACUGGACCGUAUAUGUGAAAUGCGAGCGCAAAUGAAGUGA